GAAGACAGCAAGAAUCACCUCAUAUACAAUCAAUUCUAUACCCAGUAAAGUAGAGUGUUCUGAAUCCUGUAUCGUGUUUUUACUGACACGCUGGGGCGAGUACAAUCCACUGAUCAGCGUAUACCAGAUAGUGAGAAUCCUUAUUUGGUCCUUCAAGCUAGAGAGAAAACUUCCUAACAUUGGUCCUUCGAGCCGGAUAAGUGUGCUUACCACAGAAGAAGGAUGUCAGAACAACCCCACAGGGAGUUUUCGCGUCUACGACGCAGAACUCAGCCCCCAUCCCACCUUAAAGACUAUGAGGUGCAAUACUCUACACAGCGUUCACAUGAACAAGAAGAGGAAACACAGUUAAGCACAAUGAGAGAUGAAUCUAGUAUGUUACCCCUCGAUUACAGUAUUUUUCUUCCUUUAAGUUCACAUACUGGUGACAUCGACGCAAUUACGGGAGCUACUAGCGCUCCGCAUUCGGAUGUUAACACACAGCCUUUCGGAAGUGAUGGAGAGGAGGAGCCUUCCUUACAAGCGGACGAGGCUGCCCUCACACCCGUUAGUCAUGAGUCACAGAUUCAUGACAUGGAGAAGGAGAUUAGGCAACUCCGUGAAGAUAAGGCGGCCAUUAUGGAGGAACUCCAACAAUUUAAGGAGUGUGUUGGACCUGCUGUCACUCCUCUUGAGAAUGUUAUUAAAUGGGGUGAUGGUUUUCUGAUUGUUUACUCUGUGACGGAUCGCAGCAGCUUUGAAGCCGUCCCUCGCCUCAAGAGACUCAUCGAUCACAUCAGACAAAACCUUGAAAUCCCCACAGUGAUUGUAGCGAAUAAGAAUGAUAUGGAGAAUGGACGUACUGUGAAGACAGAGGAGGGACGAGCGCUGGCCAGAGACCUGAGGUGUGUAAAUCUCACAGAGAAAUCAAGGUGUAGUUUUUUUGAGCUCUCCGUCGCAGAGAGCUCCUCGGCGGUGGAAGCAGCGUUCAUUCAGCUGAUCCGCGAGGUGCAGGUGGAGUUUCAUCGGCACGUUUUAGCCGUGGACAAGCGCUCACGUGUGCUGCAGAUGCGCCACGCACUCAGGAAUAAACUCACACGCAGCAAAACCAUGCAGUGGUGAUACAACGAAGAAGCUGCCUGGAUCUACAGAAGACCAAAUCACUGCCAGUGUAGAUGUUCAGGAGGAACUCAAAACUCCAGUGUGCAUUUACACACAUUAACAUGUUCAUCAUGUAGUUCUGAAUGUAGUCCGUUUGUACACUUUCUUACCGCAACCCUGAAGGAAAGGGAAAGACUCUGACGUGAUCUUUGUGGUGGACCAUCUCCUUAGAAACUGAAGGUCAUUAAAGUGUCUCCUGGUUUCCUUUAAACAUGUUUCUUAUCAUUGUGCAGCUUUUUCAAUCCACAGGUGGAUCAUCUCCUGUCUCUCUCACACCACAGAC